AUGUCGGGCGUCCACCACCAGUUCUUUUUGAAGCUCAGCUGUGAUACCAUCACCUUCAACAGACCCCACAUCUCCCUGCGUGACCUCAAGCGCCAGAUCAUGGUCGGUGUGAAGCUGAAGGCAAUCAGCUGUGACCUGUGGAUUGCCAACGCCUGGACCACAGAAG